AGGCAGCCAGUUCGAACGUCGCAUUGUACACGGUGCGCACGCGCAGUAAAAGUGUUUAUAUUCGUGCUAAUACCAAUACAGUUUUCUGCGCUAAUGCAAUUGUGGAAUUAAGAUGUAUCUACUACACAUAGCUGCUGCCCUCGUGCUCACCAGCGUUUCUCUAGCAGACAACUCCACGCUGAGCGAGGAGUCGUGUUCUGCGCAUCCCUACGAGUCCGGACCUUGGAGCUGCCUUUUGGAAGAAUGGGCUACUUCGGCUACACCAAAUCAAAGACAUGGACGCAUAAUGGCGCUCCCCCCAGCCAAGGGUUACUACGUGUCAGACCGCAUUGACCUAGUGCCCCCUCCACCCCCACAACACCAACUGCCACCGCAUGCGCCGCAUCCCGUCCAACACGGCAAUCCGCAACGGCCUCCAACACCGAUGGGCUAUGACGAAUGGCAGCCUUCACCCCCGCCUCCAGGGAAGAUUGUUAACCGACCUCCUUAUAAGGAUAAGUUUAAACCUAGCCAUCCGGCACCGCCCAACUACCCUAUACCAGUGCACAGGCCGACCAAUACCGUGGACCGCCUUGACGAGCAGAAGCCAAAGCCACAAAAGCAAGUCUCAGAGACGGACCUGUUCCUCCUCACUGCUAUCGAGAAACUCGUCUACCGCGCGGAUAUUAUGGAGAAACGACUUCGGAAGUUAGAGGAGAGCGUGCAUUAUUUGGUAGCGGGAGUUGAUGCUAAGCCUGAGCCAUGCGUCACCAACUUCACUCGCGUGGGCAGUGCUUGCUAUCAGUUCUCAAGCGAGGCGCUGAACUGGAAGGGCGCCAACUACGCUUGCCGCAAGCUGAAGGCCAACAUGCUGGAGAUCGAUAACGACGAAGAGCGAAAGCACCUGCUCUCUGCUAUGCUCGCAGACAAGCGGUUACAAGGGGGCGAUUGGUGGACUGGCGGACUCAACCCAGGCUUGCUAUGGAUCUGGUCUCAUUCGGCAAAGCCAGCUGUCUCCAACGGGACAGUUGUAGCUGGCGAGGGCCGAUGCCUCGCCGUGACUUUGGAUCAAUCACGGGCCACGCUUCAGUAUCACGGCGACGACUGUGGGCUAAGACAUAGAUACGUGUGCGAGAAAGGUGAUGACGACAAACUAUCCAACGAGAUUGAGAAGAAAGCGCGUAAAAUGAGGGAUUUGCAUCGGAAGCCUAAGAUAGCUUGGAGCGACGAUCCUUUGAUUGUGUAGUCUAUGGACGAGAAACUGU